UCCUUCUCUCUCGUCCGUUCUCUCUCCCUCUAUAUAUACACUGUAUAUAUCUUUCUGUCGGCGGUAGCUGUCGCGUUUUGUGAAAUAAUCAUCAUUGCUAAAGCUUAUAGUAAAGAACGCAUGGCUGCCAAUCGGGUACUCGUUUACGGAGGAAGAGGCGCACUAGGUAGCAAAAUUGUUCAGCACUUCAAAUCUAAAGGAUGGUGGGUAGCCAGCAUCGAUAUCGUUGCCAAUGAGGAGGCAAACGCGAACGUGCUGGUGAAGUUAUCGGAGUCAUUUACCGAGCAAGCAGGGCAGGUGACAGCAGAUGUGGCACAGUUGCUAGGGGACCAGAAAGUAGAUGCCAUCUUGUGUGUGGCAGGCGGAUGGGCAGGAGGAAAUUGCAGCUCAAAAGACUUGUACAAAAACACAGAUAUGAUGUGGAAGCAGAGUGUGUGGACCUCUACCAUCUCCAGCCACCUGGCUGCUGUGCACCUGAAGCAAGGGGGACUGCUGACUCUGGCUGGGGCUAAAGCAUCACUGGGUGGCACUAGUGGCAUGGUGGGCUAUGGCAUGGCCAAGGCAGCAGUCCACCAGCUCUGUCAGAGUCUAGCCGGAGAAGACAGUGGGAUGCCCCCUGGAGGUGUGGCUGUAGCCAUACUACCGGUAACCUUGGAUACGCCGAUGAACAGGAAGUUCAUGCCUGAUGCAGACUUUGGUUCCUGGACACCGCUGGAGUACAUUUCAGAAACUUUCUUCAAUUGGGCCACUGGUGCAGAUCGUCCAGCAUCGGGCAGUCUGAUGCAGCUCACCACUGUGGGAGGCAAGACACAGACCCUACCCACGCAAUAGUGGAGAGGGAGGUGGAGAGGGAGGGAGAGAUAGACAAUGAGAGAGCGGGUGGGAGGGCUAGUGAGCGGGAUGGUUGGGAGAGACUGUGAUAGGGUGGGUCGGGAGGGUUAAAAUGAGUCACAGGGAGAAAGAGGGGAUGAAUGCUUGAUUGAAGAUGUUCCCUCUAAGAACUAUUAUCAGUAUCUCAUAACAAAUUGUUUGUAUUUUUGUGUCUUUUUGAUGUGGUUUUAAUACCUCUGUCUCAAUUUGAAUAAAACUCCAUGUGAAUCAUAAUCUGAUUUAGUAAUAUGUGAGAGACAAUCAAAAUACUACGACAUCACCAUAACCUUGGUACUUUAAACAGUGGAAAUGUAAUACAUCAGCUGAAAACAAUCAUAGAAAAGCAACCCAUUUUGGAUUAUGGAUUUGUAGCGGUUUCACCACCGCCAAAAUCCUGAUUUUUUUUAUCCCUGCCCACCCCCCACCCCUACCCCCAAAUAAUAUAUUUCAUUGAAUUGAAUUGGUUAUAAUUAGACUUAUUCGCCUUCCAUUAAAUACAUACCAUUUUGAAUGGGGUUGGAGACCAGUUACAGUAAAUUCUUUACCUACCUUG